GGUACAAAAGUAAGAGAGCGUCAAAGAAACGCUGAGCUCUCCAAUUGGCCCAAACGCGUGUCUGUCAAGAAGGAGAAACGCUGCUAUCCGCUGGCUCCAGUAAGAAGAGAAGAUGUGGAGAAAAUAUUUGCUAAAAUUGGGAAAUCGCAGUUUAUUUGCUAAAGCAUAAAUCUGCGGCAGGUGCGUUGGAUAUCUCUAUGCUUUUUACUAUUGAAUUAGGACACUGGAAUCCUUCCUAUUAGAGAACAUUUAGAGAAGACGCUCAACUUACUGCCAUACAGUUUUACCUCGGGAGUUCGAUCAGCCAGGUGAUAAACACCGAGCUCCUCAGACUCUUCCUCUGCAGUCCAACUCCAAACACACCAGCGUCAGGGGACAGCAGUCCAAUUAAUUAAAGUGCUUAAGCGAUUAGCAUGGCGCCAAUAAUGGAGGACAGGCAUACUGUCCUGCAACUCUACGAGCCCGUCCGCGAGCUAUGCAGUAUCAGCCUCUAUCUCCCCAAGGGGAGGGCCCCAGUGUUUAGAUACAAGAGCCACGCCCCUCUGUGGGCCCAGCCCAGUAAUGACCAAGACCAGGGAGAGGUGGAUCCCACAGCAUUCAAACAAAGAGGCCAGUCUUAUGAGUCCGCAGCCGAACUCCUCAACUCCUACCAGGCAACAAAGGAAGCUGUUGCUGAGCUCUGCUGGCUGGCCACGGAGCACCACCAGUUGCUGACUGAUCUCUUAUCUCUGUGCGGAGACUGCGCCAACAAAGUCAGGAUGGGUAAUCAGGAUGGGAAGCUCCAGGGUCACAGAGAGGGUUGUGGGAGCUUCUCAGGACAGGUCCUCAGCAGUAAUGCUCAACAUGCUCUCUCCAUGUCCCCGGAGCACAAGAGAGCCUCCUCACGGGGCAGAAAGCUGAAGAAGCUGGGUGUGAAGAAGUUAGACAGUGCAGAAGAGUUCCUGCAUAGCAAGAUGAAGAAGAAAGUAGGGCUAGGGAGCACUGCAGUUGAGUCUUUAUCUGUCCAGUCCUCGGCUCAGACCCGGAAUCAGUCCAACCUUGUCCCAGUGGUGGAGGAGCAGAGAGUUCCUGGGACCCUAGCACCUCUCCGAGCUCCAGACACGCCAAUGUCAGGCUCCUAUGUCAGUGUGGCCAGCAACCCCAUCCUCCCUGUGGAGGAGCACUUCCAUAUUGCCAGGGAGGGCUGGGACUUCAUGGAGGACGACUCUCAAGCCUCUGAGCCAAACCUGGACUGCACUGACAUGUCUGAGUAUGACAGUGAACUCUGCUUGGGCUACGAAGCUUCGUCCUGUAGUUUAUUGGAAAACGUUCAGGAUCAUAUCGAACGGGAGUAUAUGCUGAGUGGGAACAACAUUCGUCCCAUGCGGUCUGAGGACAAGUCAGCCCACCAGCUCUAUGAUGAGAUCAACAGGAGGGACACAGGGGUCAGGGUGGUGGCCAAGGUGCAGGAGGUUGAGGGCACAGUUCAACGUGCUAGCCAUAUGAGCCCAAACAGGUCCAAAGAGUUCUAUCCAGAGGCUGAAUCAGUUGCACCUCAGCCGUGGACCAGCAGCUGUCAGCAGGAGUUUGGGGAAUGUCUAAACGGGGACAUGAGGGAUACGGUAGGGACCAAACCUGCAGAGGGGCUAAGGCUGCCUCUCUCACACCCUACUGAGGCCUCCUCUACGAAAUCCUACAGUAAGAGUCCCUGUUCACCCUCUCUGUGUGGGGUGUUCAACACCUCAUACCCUGCCACCAACAGUCUGCAGAGCAUGUCCCCAGUGCUGUCCCCUCUAUUGACCAAGCUCCCCAGCCCCCAGCUCAACCACCGCAUCCUGCUCCUUUCUGACGAGGACGUUGGCCAGGGGACGGACAGUGACAGCCCCCGGACUGGAUCCAAAGAGGCGCCCAAAGUCACCACGGAGGUCAUAGAUAAGAAUGGCAACAAGCGGACCAUCACACGGCUGGACCUGAACCUCAGCAGACUACCAGCGACUUCCAAAUGGAAUUCCACCAGCCUCUCCACGGCAACAGAGGAGGCUGACAUCUGGAUGCUGGACGGUGAUGAUGCUAUUUCCCAGACCCAGAACUCCCUGAACCGUGCCUCCCGUCCUGACCACCUGGACAUCCUCAGGAUCACGCCCCCAGAAGAUGACAUCAUUGGAGAUACCCCCUACUACCCUGGACUGGAGUGCACGUCUGAGGUCACCUCCCCUGCAGACAGUGAGGACCGGACCCCUGGGCGGCUCCAGGCCAUCUGGCCCCCGCCCAAGCCCAAGGAUGAGGAGGAGAAGGUGGGGCUGAGGUACACCGAGGCAGAGCACCAGGCUGCCCUCUUGCAGCUGAAGAGAGAAUGCAAAGAGGAGUUGGAAAAAUUACAUACGGACUUUGAGCUCCAAAUCUUCCAGGUGCGUGGGGAGCAUGCUGUGUCAGUGUCCCGGCUGGAGGGAGUCAUCAACAAGAUGCAUACAGACCGUUACCAGGCCUUUAACCAGGGCCUUGAGAGGGGCAAGCUCCGCGAGACCUGUGUGUCCACUGAGGACGACCUGCCCCCCAAAACUUUCCGUAACGUCUGCAUCCAGACAGACAGGGAGACCUUCCUCAGGACCCCCGAGGGUGAGGCCAGCCGGUCCGGUCUCAGCCCCAGCCAGAACGUGCCUAAGAAACUCAACCUGGACUCCAUCAACCUGAGUCUGCAUGGAGGACUGCCUGGCCCACCUCCUCCUCUUCCUCCUCCUCCUCCCCCUCCUCCCCUCCCUGGCCAAAUAGGACUGCUUCCACCUCCUCCUCCCCCGUUACCUGGCAACAUGGGGCCACCGCCUCCACCCCCCCUCCCAGGUUUUGGUCCCCCACCUCCCCCUCCCCUUUGGUUACCUGGAGCUGGCCCUCCUCCUCCUCCCCCUCCUCCUGGGUGCGGCCCACCCCCUCCUCCUGGGGGAGGAUUUGGGUUUGGGUUCGGCCAGGCAGCAGAGAAGGCCCCAAGGAAGCCUGCGUUGGAACCUGCCACUCCCAUGAAGCCUUUAUACUGGACCAGGAUCCAGAUCCAGGACAAUAAUAAUAAUACACUGUGGGGUUCUCUGGAGGAGCCAGAUAUCGUAGACACCAAGGAGUUUGAGGACCUGUUCUCCAAGGCCACUCUGCAGCCAAAGAAGAAGCCCCUUUCAGACACCUAUGAGAAGAAGGCCAAGACUAAGAAGAUUAUCAAGCUGCUGGAUGGGAAACGUUCCCAAGCAGUGGGCAUCCUCAUCUCAAGUCUGCAUCUGGAAAUGAAGGACAUUCAGCAAGCUGUUUUGACUGUGGAUAACUCUGUGGUGGACUUGGAGACCAUCGAGGCUUUAUAUGAAAAUAGGGCCACUAGUGACGAGCUGGAGAAGAUCAAAAACCACUAUGAAACAUCCAAGGAGGAUGAGGUGAAGCUACUGGACAAGCCUGAACAGUUCUUGUAUGAACUCUCCCAGAUUCCAGACUUCUCUGGCCGGUCCCACUGCAUCAUAUUCCAGUCUAUCUUCCUCGACUCCAUGUCCUCCAUCCACCGCAAAGUAGAAAUAGUCUCCACCGUGAGCAAAGAUCUGCUAGACUGUAGCAGUGUGAAGGAUGUGAUGGGGCUGGUCCUAGCCUUUGGGAACUACAUGAACGGAGGCAACAGGACGCGAGGUCAAGCUGAUGGCUUUGGUCUGGAGAUCCUGCCCAAACUGAAGGACGUCAAGAGCAGGGACAAUCGUAUCAGUCUGGUGGAUUAUGUGGUUGCAUACUAUCUGCGCAAUUUCGACGAGCACGCAGGAACAGACAAGAGUGCAUUCCCACUUCCUGAACCACAGGAUUUCUUCCUGGCCGCUCAGGUCAAGUUUGAAGACCUCACAAAGGACAUGAGGAAGCUGAAGAGAGACCUGACUGCGUGUGAAAAGGAUGUGCAGAAGGUGUGUACUAACUCCUCCGAGGAGAACCUCCAGCCCUUCAAGGAGAAAAUGGAGGCCUUCGUCUCGACCGUUCAAAAGGACCACAGUGCUGAGGACGACCGGCUCACAGCUGCACAGAAAAGCUUCCUGGACAUGGUGAGCUACUUUGGGCUCAAGCCAAAGUCUGGGGAGAAGGAGGUGGCCCCCAGUUACGUCUUCAUGCUCUGGUACGAGUUCUGCAGCGACUUUAAGAACACUUGGAAGCGGGAGAGUAAGAACAUCUCGAAGGAGAGGCUGAAGGAAGCACAGGAGAACAUCAAAAAGAUCACAGCUGAGAAGAGGGUGGAAACCAAGAAGAUCAAUGCCAACAGUCUGAAAGAGAGACUGCGUCAGAAAGAAGCCAGCGUGUCUUCCAGCUGAAGGGGAUAAUCAAUGAAGAACAGAGUGGAGAGAGAGGAGAUGAUCACUUCUUCCCUUCACCACCUGCCUCUUACCCAACAUCAUACCUCAUAUAGCCCUCCGUGCCCCCACACUGUGGACCUCUCUACUACGGCCCAUUCUACCGUCCUUACUGACUGGACCAUAUCCACUACUCUCUUCCAACUCAGCCUCUUCCCCAGAUGAGAGGCACCUUUUGUGGGCUUCUAUCACUGUGUAUCCCUAGGACCACCAUCCAGACCAACAUGUACACCAUGGGAAAGAGGAAACUGAAUGCCACCCUGCAGCAGAUAUGCAGGCUGCUAAGUCUACACAGAGGGUCCAUGGCUGACUAAACCACUGACAUGAUGAGACUCACAGGGGAUAAAGGUCAACCUCAUUCAUCCAGACUGGUGUGACCUUUGAAUGGCCGGCCUGUAGAGCCUGCUCUGAGGCAUGCUGGGGUUCAGGACAAUGAGCACUCCAGCUGACAUAUCUACAUUGAUGACCACUGACCUCUAGGCUUCCUAGGCCUGCUGGAGCUGAGGACCUGCAUACAUUCCUCACUCUGGGUUUCAGGACAGAAUCACACAUCGUCAGGACAUAUAGUCCUAUGUAUUGUAGCCAGGUUAUGCAACAACUACAGACGAGGCCUCAUUGUUGCUGAGCUAUGUUAACAAAUAUGGCGAUCUUCACUCAGUGAAAUUAUUACGAUUAGGUAAGACAUUCAGGAGUUGUUAUUCUAACAAUGAUUUAGAAUAUGAAAGCAGUAUACAAUACUUUAAUGUAAAAAAUAGCUUUUCAUCUGCUGUGGCCCAUCCAUGUUUGAAGUGUGUCUUGUAAAUGUAUUUCAAUUGGUGUUUGUUUUCAAAUGAGCAGGGACAGAAACGUUUGACCUGAUGUUGUCUUAUGAAGAGAAUCGGUAGUCUGUAUUGGACUGAGAGUCCUGUUGAAUUCAUAGCGAUGUGGGUCCUGGUCAAAUGGUAGAAACAGUAUGUCGUACCAGUGUUGACUUUCUCACUGUACCAGACUGACCCCUUCUGGGUGAUAGCCAGAGAAUGCAGCAACGCCUUGCUCUCAACCACUGAGUCAGACGUCACGCUCUGAGAUGAACAAGCAACCUUGCUAUACGCUAUGCUGAGGAAAGCAACAGGUCAUCUGAUUGUGGCUGCCCUGACACAUUUUUUGAAGUGUAUAUGAUAGAGUAGUUAGUUGUUCCCAAUUAAGUUUGUUUAUGACAUAUGUAUGUCACAAUCCUAUGCACUUUCCUGCUUGCAUCAGCUGUAUUUAGUAGCUACAUCCUUCUGUUAUUGUCAGAAUGGUACUUAAUCAAAUGUACUGAACUUUCUAGCACUUCAGCUUGAACUCCUAUGCAAUUCUAUGAUUUCCGUGCUAUGAUAACAUUUGUGAAUUAACACGUUGGGAUAAAUUGCAUCAUCCAUGUAUUUUUUGGAGAGAACUAUAGUAUAUUUAUUUAACAACAAAAAAUGUCUUUGAACUCUGGAAGAUUUCAACUUUGUCUUGGAAAACUAUAGACAGGGGUUUAACCUUUAUUUAUAUAUUAAAAUGAAAAAUGUAUGCCAAAACAUUAUAAUUUUUUUCUUUGCGGUUGUAUUUUUGUAUAUUAAUUUGAUUCCUGCCUUAGCUUGAGGAGGAUGCAUGAAUGGCUCAGUAGUCAGGUGAAAGAAGUGUUUAGUUUCAUAUGGAUGUGACCUACAGUGCCUUCGGAAAGUAUUCAGACCCCUUGACCUUGACCUUUUCCUUUUUUUUUAAGUUACAGCCUUAUUCUAAAAUUGAUUCAAUUGGGUUUUUUUCUUCAUCAAUCUACACACAGUACCCCAUAAUGACAAAGCAAAACAGUUCUUUAGACAUUUUUGCCAAUUUAUUAAAAAACAAAAAACUGAAAAUCACAUUUACAUAAGUAUUCAGACCCUUUACUCAGAACUUUGUUGAAGCACCUUUGGCAGCAAUUACAGCCUCAAGUCUUCUUGAGUCUGACGGUACAAGCUUGGCACACCUGUAUUUGGGGAAUUUCUCCCAUUCUUCUCUGCAGAUCCUCUCAAGCUCUGUCAGGUUGGAUGGGGAGCGCCAGGUUGGAUAAGGAGCGCUCUGGAGCAGGUUUUCAUCAAGGAUUUCUCUGUACUUUGCUCUGUUCAUCUUUGCCUCGAUCCUGACUAGUCUCCCAGUCCCUGCCGUUGAAAAACACCCCCACAGCAUGCUGCUGCCACUACCAUGCUUCACUGGUGGUGCCAGGUUUCCUCCAGACGUGACGCUUGGCAUUCAGGCAAAAGAGAUAAAUCUUGGUUUCAUCAGGCCAGAUAAUCUUGUUUCUAAUAGUCUGAGAGUCUUUAAGUACCUUUUGGCAAACUCCAAGCGGGCUGUCAUGUGCUUUUUACUGAGGAGUGGCUUCCGUCUGGCCACUCUACCAUAAAGGCCUGAUUGGUGGAGUGCUGCAGAGAUGGUUGUCCUUCUGAAAGGUUCUCCCAUCUCCACAGAGGAACUCUGUCAGAGUGAUAAUUGGGUUCUUGGUCACCUCCCUGACCAAGGCUCUUCUCCCCAAUCAAGGCUCUUCUCCCCGAUGGCUCAGUAUGGCUGGGCGGCCAGCUCUAGGAAGAGUCUUGGUGGUUCCAAACUUCUUCCAUUGGCUUGGUUUUUGCUUUGACAUGUACUGCCAACUGUGGGACCAUAUACAGACAGGUUUGUGCCUUUCCAAAUCAUGUCCAAUCAAUUGAAUUUACCACAGGUGGACUCCAAUCAAGUUGUAUAAACAGCUCAAGGAUGAUCAAUGGAAACAGGAUGCACCUGAGCUCAAUUUCAAGUCUCAUAGCAAAGGGUCUUCACACUAAAAAAUUUGAAAUACCCGUUUUCGCUUUGUCAUUAUGGGGUAUUGUGUGUAGAUUGCUGAGGAUUUUUUAUAUUUUUAAAUCUAUUUUAGAAUAAGGUUGUAACUAAAAAAAUGUGGAAAAAGUCAAGGGGUCUGAAUACUUUCUGAAGGCACUGUAUAUAUGAAGCCUCAUCAUUUACCACAAAUGGUCUUGUUUCAUACCCUACCUGAACUGCUAUAGAGAGUAUAAUUUGGCUAUUUAUAUAUAUUGCCUUUUGUUUCAUUUAAAUCAAGACAAUGUUUACUUUGUUUAAAAAUAGAAACAAUUACUCAUAUCAAGCCAUGUGUAGGCCUAUAUUUUACCCCUGCCAGAACCUAUUAAGUGUCAAAAUAGCACCUUUGUUUCAUAAUCAUUGAAUGUGCCAUUAUUUUUUGUAUGAAGACAUUUCAUAAUCUUUAAAUUGCAUUUUAUGUUUACUUUAUGUUUACUUUAUGUUUACUAGUUUUUCAGAACCAAAUUAGUAGGCAAAAAUUUCUAUUUUGAUAAAGGCCUAUAUGUAUAACAUGUAUAUGUUGAUUCAUUUCGUGAGAGGCCUACUCUAUGUGCCCACGUGUUUUAGGUGUUUUAUCGUUAAAAAUGAAUUUGCGCGAGGUCAAAGUAAUAGAUUGCAAACAAUUCAGUCACAAAAGUCUUAACUGGAGUCUACAGAUGAGGAAUCCUGGCUCGCAUGGAAACGGAUGUUUAACUCUCCUUGUCUGUUGUUUCUCUACUUUCAGCACUCCCUAAUACCAUUCAGGCUCAGUAAUGAUGCAGUAGCCAAAUAAAGGUGAAAAUGACCAUA